CAUUUAGCUGACGUGUUCGGUUGCUUUAACUUAUAAAUUUCACCAAUUUGUAGCAAAACGAAUACAUCACUUGUUUUGUUGCGUUUUUUUCAUUUUUUAGACUGUAACUAAAAAACGAGCAGAUUUAUAAAGAAGCAAGCUAAACGUAAAAAGUUUCCAAAAGACACAAGAGGUUGUAAUGAGUGCAGUGCCUGCAAACUGCAGCAAGUAGUAAAACGAAUUCCCAGGGAUCUAAGAAGUAGUAAAUGUUCUAUCGUAGCACACACAAAACACAAAGAUGGCACUUCUAACUAUGAUUGCGCGUGUAAUCGAUGGACUUCCAUUGGUUGGUACCAUGCAAGAUGACGAACAGUCCGGGCGCAGUAUACUGGAGUAUCAGAAUCAAGCGAAAAUGCUAUUCAGAAAAUUAGGAUCACAUUCACCGGCGCGCUGUAGUAUCGAAACAGGACCAUACUUAUUCCACUAUUUAAUAGAAAAUGAUGUUUGCUAUCUAGUGAUGUGUGAUAAAAUGUACUCCAAACGUUUGGCCUUCAACUAUUUAGAGGAUUUAGCGCAAGAGUUUCAUGCCAACUAUGGACGGCGUGUCAAUUCCGUAACGCGGCCCUAUGCAUUUAUCGAAUUCGAUGUUUACAUACAGAAAGCCAAAAAACAAUUGACCGAUCGGAGACGAAAUAUAAAUGCAAUUAAUACACAACUACAGGACGUUCAGCGAAUAAUGGUACAAAAUAUUGAUGAUGUACUGCAGCGCGGCACAGUGUUGUCAGAAUUGGACACAAAAACGCAAAACCUGUCGAUGAUGUCUCAGAAAUAUAAAAAGGAUGCGACAUACUUAAAUCGAAAAUCAAUGUAUUUGAAAUUGGGCGCCGCCGGUGUUGCUAUAGUAGUAUUUAUUUUGUACUUUUGGGUUUUGUAAUAAUUGUUAAAUGUUUAUUAAAAAGUAUGAUGAUACAAAAAAUACUAACUAACUAUUGGUAUAACGAAAUAUUGUAUGCAAGCGCCAUAACAAUAUUAAAGUGCACGACAUAGGGAUAUUUUUGGUGACAACUGAUGACAAAUAUUUUAUUUUUUAAUUUUUUUCUAGGUAAUGUAACGAACAAUAUUUAUCAGAACUAUAAAAAUUAUCCUGUAACUAAUAUUUUGCAUGAAACACUGUACACACUAUUAUUUCAUAAACAAAAGCAAAAUAUAUUUCAUUGUGCAAAAUAUUAA